GCGCAGAGAGAGAGAGAGAGAGAGAGAGGACGGAGUUCUCCGGCGAUCUAUCGGGAUUCGGGGAAGCCUGGGAGUUGGGGCGAGGAGGGAGAUGGCGGAUGAAUCGAAGGGCGACGAGUUCCUGAAGAAGGCCGAGAAGAAGAUCAGCGGCUGGGGAAUCUUCGGGUCCAAGUACGAGGACGCCGCCGAUUUGUACGAGAAGGCGGCGAACCAGUUCAAGCUAGCGAAAGCAUGGGAUAAAGCUGGAAAUUCUUAUCUCCGAUUGGCUGACUGUCAUUUGAAGUUGGAUAGCAAGCACGAAGCUGCUUCAGCAUGCGUGGAUGCAGGAAAUUGUUUUAAGAAGAUCAAUACUGCAGAUGCAAUAAGAUGUUACGAUGCUGCUGUUGGCCACUUUAUGGAGAUUGGUAGACUUAAUAUGGCAGCUAGAUACUGCAAGGAAAUUGGUGAAAUUUAUGAAGCUGAUCAGGAUCUUGAACAGGCAAUUGCAUACCUGGAAAAAUCUGCUGACCUGUUCCACAGUGAAGAAGUGUCAACUUCUGCAAACCAGUGCAAGCAAAAAGUUGCACAAUUAGCUGCUUCAUUAGAUCAGUAUCCAAAAGCUAUUGAGAUUUUUGAAUCAAUUGCACGGCAAUCAAUGAAUAAUAAUCUUUUGAAGUAUGGCGUGAAAGGACUUCUCUUGAAUGCUGGCAUUUGCCACCUCUGCAAAGGAGAUGCAGUAGCCAUAAAUAAUGCAUUGGAGCAGUACCAGGAUUUAGAUCCAACCUUUUCUGGAACACGGGAACAUAGACUGUUGGUUGAUUUGGCAUCGGCCAUGGAAGAGGGAGACAUUGAAAAGUUCACUGCUGCUGUGAGGGAAUACGAUUCUAUGACUCGAUUGGAUCCGUGGAAAACAUCACUGCUGUUGAAGGCAAAGAACAAAUUGAAAGACAUGGAGGAGGAGGACGAUCUCACCUAAUUCUUCUUUUCAUGGACUAGGCUUCUUGUAGCCAUAGGGCAAAAGAUGUUGCAUGGAGCUGUUUGGAGGCAAUGGCUUUUGGUUGUGUUGAAAUGGAUGUCUAUCUGAUCGGAAUAUAGUUGACGAGUCGUGUGCUUGGGUUUGAUUUCUUUAAUGUAUACUUCACCUUGUUCAUACAUGCAAUUUUUUUUUCUCA